GCUUAACAAACAUUUCAUAUUUGUAUUUCCCAAUUAUUAUUUAUUUAUUGUGUUGUAUCACGAUAGAAAAGGCAAUUUGGACUUUUUACAUUGAUGUGAUGCAAAAUCAGGCUGAUAUUGAAGGACUUAUUGGACGGUUAACCCAAAGGGAAGAAAGUAGUUUUAAAGCUGGAUGCAAGAAAUGUGGCUACAGUGGACAUUUGACAUUUCAAUGUCGCAAUAUUUUGAAGAUUGAUUCGGAGCAUGAUGUUGUGGUUGAUGUUAGCAGUACUUCAAGUGAAGAAAGUGACAGUGAAAGCUUGUCUUCUCCAUCCAAAAGAAGAAGGGAUAAAUAUUUUAAACAGACUAACAAAAGCGACACCCAUAUAGUAGUUCCAGUGACUCUGAUAGGUUUAUUAAAGGCUAGAUCUCGCUCUCUGAAGCAAGCCUUGCAAGACCGAAAUAUGCCACGUCAACAGAAAUCCUCAGUAACACCCGAGCGAAAAAGAAGACGAAAAAGUUCCUCUAGCGAUGCAUCAUCUUCUGAUUCAGAUGAAAAAGAAAGGAAAAAACGGAAG